ACAACAACAACAGCUGCGAAGAGCUCUCGGUUUGUGCUAAACUGAAGCACCGGCCGGCCUGCAUCUUAGCAAGCUAAGCUACCAGAAGAUAGAAUCAGGAAUGGCAGCAGCAACGGCAAAUGGAGUUUGCGCCGGCGUCCAGCACCAGCAGGAGAUCAAGAGCACUUUCCACCCGUGUCUCUGGGGCGAAUUCUUCAAUACUUUCCAGCCGCCGCUUCAAGCCCAGCAACCUCAGAUGCUAGAAAGGGCUGAAGUGUUGAAGGAACAAGUAAGGACGAUGUUAAAUGAUUCAAAGGAAAUACCAAAAACAUUAGACCUCAUAAUGUCGAUAGAGCGGCUUGGUUUGGACUACCACUACGAGAAGGAGAUCAGCCAGCAACUGGAUGUUGUUUUCAACUCUGACCACGACGAUGGUAAUCUACACGUGGUCUCGCUCCGGUUUUAUCUUCUACGAAAACAUAGAUACACCGUGUCACCAGAUGUAUUUCGUAAAUUCCAAGACAAGGAAGGAAAUUUCAUUGACUCUGAUACAGCAAGUUUGCUGAGUUUAUAUAAUGCUGCACAUCUGAGGAUUCAUAAUGAGGAAAUACUUGAUGAGGCAAUCUCUUUCACUAGAAAACGCCUUCAGGGUGCAUUGGAGCAGUUGGAAUCACCAUUCGCAGAGGAAGUGUCUGCAGCCCUCGUUACACCUGUUUUUAAAAGAGUUGGAAUAAUAGAAGCAAGAAGUUACAUAACGUAUUAUGGAAAAGAGGCUACACGAAAUGAAACCUUAUUGGAGCUUGCAAAAGUGAAUUUUAACCUUCAGCAACUUAAUUUCUGCAAGGAGUUAAAAGAGGUCACAUUGUGGUGGAAGGAGCUGUACGGCAGGUCAAACUUGAGUUUUGUUAGAGACAGAAUAGUAGAGACAUAUUUUUGGAUGAAUGGGGCGACCUACAAACCUCAAUAUUCUUACGCCCGAAUGCUAGCGACGAAGAUCACGGGUUUCAUUACCAUAAUAGAUGACAUAUUUGACACAUAUGGCACCACCGAAGAGAGCAUGCAACUUAAGGCAGCAAUUGGCAGGUGGGAUGAAAGUGCAACAGAUCUUCUUCCAGAAUACAUGAAGGAUUUCUACUUAUAUUUGUUGGAGUUAUAUAAUUCUGUUGAGGAGCACUUAGGACCCGAGAAGAGCUACCGUGUGUUUUAUCUAAAAGAAGCGAUGAAGCAAUUAGUUCACAUGUACAGUGAGGAAAUAAAAUGGCGUGAUAAUGGAAACUAUGUGCCAACCAUGAGCGAGCAUCUAAAAGUUUCACUGAUAAGUAUCGGAAAUGUCAUGGUUGCGUGUGCUUUUUUUGUUGGAAUGGAUGAGAUACCAACGGUGGAUACUUACAAGUGGGUUUUGAACGACACAACACUUAUGAACUCUUUUGGUAUAUUUAUACGGCUCACCAAUGAUCUCGUAUCAACAAAGCGCGAGCAAACAGCGGACCACAUUGCCUCUACUGUCCAGUGUUACAUGAAGGACCACGGGACGACAAAGGAGGUUGCAUGUGAAAAGCUAAAAGAACUUGCCGAGUACUCAUGGAAAGAUACACUACAACUUGCUCUUGCGCCGACAGAUCUCCCAGUGGCUGUGCCACAAAUGGUGCUUGACCUUGCAAAGGCUUCAGAAAAUAUCUACAGGUACAACGACGCGUUCACUACUUCAGAGACAGUGAGGGACACGAUAAGGAUUAUCUUUACCGAGCCAAUUGAGCAGAUGUAUGAGGCUACCAACUUAUAAGGCAAAUAUGUAAGUGCCAGCUAUAUGUGUUGCAAAAAUAAGUUAAUCACAUCCAGACAGAUCAAGAAACGGUGAUCAGGAGCAGACCACUUAGAGAAUACUUGGAUGUAAAAGUAGCUUCUAUGAACUAAGCAAACUUGUUAUACUUUCCCUCCGGUAUGUAAUAGUAGUAAUUGUGGUUAAUUAUUCUCAUGUAUUGAUCGUUGAGUAAUAAUAAAAAAUACUUUUCGUGAGCCCAA